CAUUUGACGUUUCAGUAAAUUUGUAUGUAACAAAUAAUACCAAGUAGGUAUUUCGUUUUUUUAAGUUUAAGUUAAAUUUAUUUGACUUCAAUCCCUAAUUCAUAAAAAUUGAGUCUAGUAAACAAGUAGGAUAUUCAAUAUGAAAUGGAAGAUUUAUAUGGAGUUUGGACAAAUUAUUUUAUAUAAUUGAAAAGAUUUCGAACACCACAGACAUAUAUAUACAUGUAAUUGUUUAUAAAAAGUGCACGCCAAACUCUCCUUUCUUUUCUAGUUUUAUUUCACUGAGCGGUGUGUGAGGAGGUGACAUUUAUAAUUUAUUAAAAUUGGUUGUAGUUCGAAAAAAAAGGAACAAAUUUAUAAAUUAUUAAAAAACUAUUCUACAUAUUGUUUCGAACUGCAUCAAAAUUUUGAAAAGUAGUAAUUAAAAAAAAUAGUUAAUUUAAGUUAUAAAAUUGAAAAAAAAGACAUCACGUACUAAUGUAAUAUUUAAACAUAAAUUAAGUUUUAUAAAAAAAUUUAAGAACAAAAAAAUAUAUAUGCGCCUGCGUUACUUAUUUAAAAACAAAUGAAAAUAACGUUUUAAAAAAUUCUAAACUUUACUUUUGUGUAAAAUAUUUAGAUAUUAACUGAAAAUAUAAAAGCAAAAUAUUUUACAAUAUGGCUUCGGUCAAAGACACAGCGUCAUUUUUUGCAAAUGGAAAUACUAAACAAUUUGAUUACUGCUACAAACUAUAUCCUGAAAUAUUAAAAUUAAAAGCAGAAGCUCGUUCAAAAAAGCCAGAGGAACUCAUUAAAUUAGAUAAUUGGUAUCAACAUGAACUUCCAAAAUUAAUUAGGCAGAGGGGGAAAGACGCACAUAUGGUACACGAAGAACUUGUUCAAUGCAUGAAAUGGAAGCAAUCUCGUGGAAAAUAUUACCCACAACUUUCAUAUCUAAUUAAAGUAAAUACUCCACGUGCUGUAAUGCAAGAAACUAAAAAAGCAUUUAGAAAAUUACCAAAUUUGGAAUUAGCUAUAACUGCCUUGUCAAAUUUAAAGGGUGUUGGUACAACAAUGGCAUCUGCUUUAUUAGCAGCAGCUGCUCCUGAUCAUGCACCUUUUAUGGCUGAUGAAUGUUUAAUGGCGAUUCCUGAAAUAGAGGGAAUUGAUUAUACAACAAAAGAAUAUUUAAAUUUUGUUCAGCAUAUUCAGACAACUGUUGAUCGAUUGAAUUCAGAAAAAGAUAGUAGUUCAUCCUGGACACCCCACCGUGUUGAGCUAGCAUUAUGGACUCAUUAUGUGGCUAGAGAUUUAAAACCAGAACUUUUGGAUGAUAUGCCAAAUCAAAGUAUGUUGGUUAAUCCUUCAAAUAAAUUUUCAGGCAUUUCUGGUGAAGAAGACGAAAAUGAGGACAGCGUAAUUCACGGUGUCGUUACUGGCGUAAAUGAUAGCGCAAACACAACAGAUGUAAAACAAACUAAUGGUGGAGGUAAUGGUGAUGGAAACGGUGAUGGUGGAGGCGGUAUUGAUUCAGCUAGUAUAACAACGGAUGAAAAUUCCAUUUCAAAUGAUUCUCAAGAUGCCGUUAUUGAUUCGGCAAAUAAUACACAGACCAGCAUUGAUAAUAACAAAAUUUCUGAAACUUCAUCGACAGAUGGAACAACUAUAACGACUACUGAUAAAACCAACACAGAACAUCUACAACCUAUUAUACAUAACUCACAAGAUACCAAUAACGAGUUAAAUACAUUACAACCGAUUCAUCAUCAUCAAUCUCAUGAUGAAAUCCCAUCCCCAAUGUUACUGGUUAACGACGAUACAACUACAGCUUCGUCAACCACAGUUGAAGAAGAUAAUACAACUACAACAACUGGUGGUGAACCACUGAACACAGUUAUAUCCGAUGAGAGCAAUUUAGAGCCACCGCCGUUGCAACAAAAUCCUGUAGAAGAAACCGCAAAAGCCAACGGAAAUAAUAAUGGUAAUGGUGCGUUGGAUAGCUUAGAUGAAAGUAGUACAAGAUCUGAAGACGAUAGUUUAGAGAAGCCAUUGACAAAAUGUAUUCCAACGGGAGUUGAUGAGAACAGUGAUUCCCUAAGCAGUGCAAAACGGUCAAUUGAUUGCUGCGACUCAGAAUCAAAUAGUCAACCUGAAUCGAAAAAAAUUCGAAGUGAUUGAAAAAAAUAUCUUUUUUAUUUGUAUUUUUGCUUUUUAACUCUAAUUUUGUCUUAAUUAAGUAUAAUAAUUUUUUAUUUCUUAAAUUGUAUUCACUCUUUUAUUUUUUUUUUUGUUUAAAGAAAAGUUUAAAAAGUAAAGGACAUAUUUAAUAUAUUUAAAAAUCACACCCACACACUUAUAUAAAAAAAAAAACACGACACCACGAAAAUAAAAUAUAAAAUUAAAACAAAUUUUAUAAGAAAAGGAAAAAAAAAAUAAAAAAAAAAAAAGAUAAAAACAUACUAAAGAAAUUGUCUGUAAAAAUUUCUUAAUUAUAAAAUAUUAUUACAUAGAUUUUACGAUUAUAUUCUUACAUAUAAGUAAAAAACUAAGUCUAAAACAUUUGAUAGUAAAAAAAAAACACUUGAUUGAUUCAAAAUUUUGCAAAAUAUUUAAUAAUAAUGAAAAUUUUAUAAGUUCAGAUAAAAUUUAAAUUUUGUGCUUAAUAUAUUAAUUGGUAAUUUCGAACAUAAUAAUUUAUAUAAUUUCUGGUAGACAAAAAAAUAAAAUAAUUAAAAUUAAUAAUAGUUGCAUAUAAGAAAUGUGAAAAAAGUAUAUUAUAAUGUAAUAAUCUUCAGGCUUCUUCUAUUUAAUUAUGAAUCAAAAUUAUGCAUGUUUUAAGAGGAAAAAGUAAAAAAACUUAACAAAAUAACAUUAUUUAGGACUACCACAUUUCAU